UAUAACAGAGCUGAAAUAUUUCAGAUAUAAACUGCCCGGUAUGGCAGAUUCUGCCAGCGAAAGCGAUACCGGGAGCCUUGAUGGGGUUGGGUUCCAGCCCCCCAGCCCUGUCAGCAGGGAGCAGUUGCAUAAACGGAUUGAGUCUCUCCAGCAGCAGAAUAGAGUUCUCAAUGUAGAACUGGAGACAUACAAGCUCAGGGUUAAAUCACUCCAGGAGGAGAACAAGGCCCUGAGACAAGCAUCAGUUCAUAUCCAAGCCAAGGCGGAGCAGGAGGAGGAGUUCAUCUCCAACACACUCCUCAAGAAGAUACAAGCGUUAAAGAAGGAAAAGGAGAGCCUGGCCCUCAACUACGAGCAGGAGGAGGAAAUGCUGACCAAUGAUCUGUCCAGGAAGUUGAACCAGCUGAGGCAGGAGAAGGUUCAGCUGGAGCAGACCCUGGAGCAGGAGCAGGAGUGCCUGGUCAACAAGCUGAUGAGGAAGAUAGAGAAGCUUGAAACGGAAACUCUGUCUAAACAGACAACUCUGGAUCAACUGAGGAGGGAGAAGGUUCAGCUUGAGAAUACACUGGAGCAGGAGCAAGAAGCUCUGGUCAACAGACUAUGGAAGCGGAUGGAUAAACUAGAGUCGGAGAAGCGUAAUCUCCAGAUUAAACUUGAUCAGCCUAUAUCUGAACCUCCGUCCCCUAGAGAGGUUAAUAACAAGAACGGAGAUACUGCGGCAAACCUUGCCAACAAUAUUCAUCAGCUGAGGCAGGAGGUUGCCAGGCUCAAGCAGAAUCUGAGUGUUGCGGAGCUCAAUAAUCAGAAGAAAAUGCGGGAAUAUUCUCAGGAGGAGAAACAUAUUCGUGAGGAGAAUCUACGCCUUCAGAGAAAACUUCAACUUGAGAUGGAGAGAAGGGAAGCUCUGUGCAGGCACCUCUCUGAGUCCGAGUCUAGCUUGGAGAUGGAAGAGGAGAGGGUUGUUAAUGAGAUGAUGUUGAGCGGAGGAGGCCAUCCUCUAUCUUCGGUUCAUAGGAACAGAACCCUCUCCAGUCCUAUACCGGGACCAUUCCCGGGGCAACCCCCAGCUCCUUCUCCGUCUCCAACCCUCUCUAGACCUUUAUCUCCGGGUCUCAACUACGGGGAGAGACGAGAAUCCGGUGGGCCAUGCCCGCACUCACAGCAGCAGACGGACACAUUCACCCCUCCUGCCGCUCUUGCCAGAUUUCCAACCGGACAAUCAGGAUUCUCGCCGAUAGGUGGAGCUCGUUCCCUUCCACCUCGUCCCCCGCAGGAUGAUCUACGUCACGGUUUUCCUAGACCGGAAAAAUUUGCUAAACCCGGUGUCCCCUAUUCUAUCUCCACUAGCCCAGGACCUGUGAUUCAGACUCAGAAUGUAUCUCCUGCUGUGUCUCCGCGUCUUCGACAGGAGAACCCUCCUCCGUCUCCGAUGGAUGCCGAGGAGAAUACCGCUUGAAGGUUCUCUGUUGUGAUAAGUGCACCUUGCAUUAUGUUUAUUCUAUCUGUGUUCUGAUUGCUGGGUUUAGGAACCGUGACUACAUACAGAUCUGGUCAAAUACAUUUUUCGAAAGCUUUUUUAAUGAAAAUUUGAAUUUUUUGCGUGUUUACCCCGUUUUAAGCUAUAAAUGGAGCUUUUUAAGGAGGAGAGGGAUUUAAUAUGUUGAUUAAAAAUGUAACUUUGUUGUACAAUUGCAGAACCUUACAUUUAGUGCAGAGAACUGCUGGUUAUGCUCAGGAUCCGGAAACAUUAACCACAUUUAUCAAUAGUUCAUUAUUGUAAACUGCUUGGGAUAAGGAUGCCAGUUAUACAUAGUACAUACACAUAUAAUAAAUAUAUAUAUAUAGUUACAUUUUACUUUUAUGGUUAUUCUGUACACUUGAAUUGUGAUGUAAAUCAUCUUUUAUAUUGUUAGCGAUAUAAUUGGCUGAUCAGUGUAAAUAAAAAAUAUUCAUUAAAGUUUA